CUCAGACCAUGAACAUUUACAGACUCGGUAACAAAGUGUUGGUUGGAAUAAUAGAUUAUGAAAUAACUAUUUAGUAGGAAGGGUUAAGGUGGAAGAGUUGCUGGUUGGGUUGAGUUUUUAGCCACUGUUGGACUUCGCUAGGUUUUUUUGAGGGGCUCUGGUGUGAAACUGAUCCCUAGGACUGAGUAUGAAGUUUAUGCUGGAAAUUUGAGCCGCGCUGUCAUUUUUUUUCCAUUUCGGGUCCCUGCCCCAAGUUCACUCUCCGGGAAAACCUCAAACUGAGCGCCGUGACUGUAAACAUGCCCUGAGUUGCCGCAGAGAGACGCGAGGAAGUGCUGCCCGCCACCGGCGCCGGGGCUGGAGUAAGCAGAGUCGUCAUUCCGUGCCCAUUGAUGCCGUUUGUCAGAGUUAUCAGGUCAGCCAGGACGUAGAGGGAUGAUCCCUUUGCACUACACCAUGAUGGCGUUGUAUCUCGGACAGGUCCGGGCGGCUCCGGUGCAGUUGAACGGCGCGGAACGGGGCGGGCCGGGUCUGGAGGAGGGCGAGGCGGACGGUGACGAGUUGGUGCUGGACGUGGCGGGCCUGGACUCGGACGCGGCGGUCAAGGAGUGGGACUUCUACUCGCCGCGGGUGGUGCUGGCGCCGCGGCCGCCCGGUGACCCGCCGCUGCUCUUCAUCAUGGAGGAGUCUCUGGGUCAGAGCGCCGUGGCCAACAGGACAGCGCGGGCGAGGAGACAGUCGGGGCCGGCGGGCGUGGACCCGUCCCGGAGAGGAGACCUGUCCGUAUGUGACAGCAGCAGCCAGUGGGUAACUGACCGGCGGGUGGCUGUGGACGUUCUGGGCAAAGUGGUCACCAUCCUGACUGACGUGCCCACCUCCACAGGCCCACUCAAACAGUACUUCUAUGAGACCAAAUGUAACGAGCGCUCGUCCACGGCACAAGGCGGCUGCCGGGGCGUAGACAAGCGCCACUGGAUCUCCGAGUGCAAGACCAAGCAGUCGUACGUGCGAGCUUUGACGGUGGACGCGUUGAAGCGCACGGGGUGGCGCUGGAUCCGCAUUGAUACGUCGUGUGUGUGUACUCUUAUAAACCGGACAGGCAGACAGUGAGCGGUCCCCACCCGCCUCUUAUCUAUGUUGCUGUAAAUAUAUAAAGUAUAUAAAUUAUUUCACCGAGUUUUAUGGAUUGCAUGUAAAAAUGCUGUUUAUACAUUGAACUGCUGUAUUUAUUCCUGAAUUUACACAUUGAUACUGUUUGUAUUAACUUAUUGUAUUUUGAAAUAUAUUAUUCUUCACCUA